AUGGAGUGUUUGGAGCAACACAGACAGGACUUUUUUGCCGCGGUGGCAAAGCUGGAAGAGUAUGACGACACCAGUGAUGCGAUUCAAGCCUGUAUUACUGACAGGAUCGAUAUGGAAGAGCGCUGCCGGCGGUUAAAAUCGUUCCUUAGAGAAAACCAGCGGAAGGAAGCCAAUUCGCUCAAUGACUCCUUAUUGGCAAACUCAACCCUAGCGUUUGGACGGCCAAAUACAUCAAACAUUCGUUUUCCCAAAAUCGAAUUACCAACGUUCGACGGUGAUUCGACAAAGUGGUUAUCAUUCCGCGAUCGCUUUGUCGCGAUGAUUGACGCAAGUGUCGAGCUGCCGCCAAUUGCAAAACUGCAGUACUUACUUUCAUCCCUGAAAGGUGACGCUGCGGUUCCCUUCGAACAUGUUACUCUGACCACGGAAAACUAUUCUGUUACCUGGGCUGCGCUGCUUAAACGAUACGACAACUCACGGAUGCUCAUUCGCGAGUACUGGCGACGGCUACAUUUCCUACCUGCGAUUGCAACAGAAAGUGUCGAUGGUUUGACGUCGUUGGUAGAUGAAUUCGUGCGAUAUGUGAAUGGGUUGCAGAAGCUGCAUGAACCUGUCGACUCAUGGGACACGCCUUUGUCCAACAUGUUGCUGAUGAAGCUGGACAAUGAGACCAUUCUGGCGUGGGAAAGACAUUCUGUGCAUAAGAAAAAGGAUAAGUACAGCGAGUUGAUCGAAUUCCUGCAAGACCGAAUUCGAAUCCUAAAAUCGAGCCAGAGUAUCUCGUGCGAUCGGAUUGUGGCUCCGAUCAAGGUGGCCGGGGCACAUCGGCCCACCGCACCACGGCGUGUGCAGAUCAUCACCUGGUUCGAGAAUUGCCCGGUAUUUUUAGCCAAAAAUACUCAGGAGCGGCGAGAAAUCGCACGGUCAAAAGGUUUGUGCUGGAAUUGUCUCAGUUGUUCCCAUCAAGUGAGAUCGUGCAAAUCCGAGUAUUCUUGCCGUUCGUGCAAGGAACGGCAUCAUACGCUGCUUCAUCAACCACUACAACAACCUACAGUCGCUUUGUCAGCCCAAUCAGAUGAUGAUAUGGUGUUUCUCGAGACGGCUAUUGUGUUCAUCGUAGACGAUUAUGGAGAGAAACAUGAGGCACGGGCGCUUUUGGAUUCGGGCUCUAUGUCCAACUUCAUUUCGGAUACGUUAGCUCGGAAGCUCAUGACACCUCGAGCGAGAGUUAAUGUAUCAGUGUCUGGCAUCGGAACUUCAAGGCAGCAGAUAAAGGGUUCGACCACGGCGAUCGUUCGUUCAAGGAACCUUCAAUUCACCACCCCAUUGGAGUUUCUGAUCCUGGAUACACCCUCGGCGGACAUUCCCACCUCACCAAUCAACGUGUCUUCGUGGAACAUCCCGGAGGUAACGCUAGCAGACCCCACGUAUCACAUCCCAGGCAAGGUCGAUGUGGUCAUCGGUGGCGAUACGUUCUGGGAGCUGCAUACCGGACGUAAGCAAUCUCUCGGUUCGGGUCUGCCAUGGUUGGUAGAAACGCAGUUUGGAUGGGCGGUAGCAGGAAAUACAACGCAUUCGUCUCAACAACAUCGGGUGUGUAAUAUGGCAACGAGCGACAGUCCGUUGGAAGCCAUAUUGACGCGGUUCUGGGAGAGCGAGACCAUCUUCGACGAGCCCGCUCUAUCUCUGGAGGAAGACAUGUGUAAACGUCAUUUCAUCUCUACUACAACCAGAGACCCAUCUGGCAGGUAUGUCGUACGUUUACCACAAAAUCCUAAUUCGAAUGUCGUUUUAGGAGAAUCGAAAGCAAUCGCUGAUCGUCGUCUCCUAGCGGUGGAACGGCGGCUCAAGUCUAACCCUGCAAUGAAGGAGGAGUAUAGUAAUUUCAUGUCGGAGUAUGAGCGCUUAGGCCACAUGAAACAACUCACCGAGCCGGUGGACGAUUCGUGUGAACACUACUAUCUCCCUCAUCACGCGGUGCUUAAGGAAUCGAGCACAACCACCAAGGUCAGGGUAGUCUUUGACGCGUCGUGCAAGACAUCUUCUGGCUACUCCUUGAACGACAAACUCCUGGUUGGGCCGGUGAUCCAAGACGAUCUGUUCACCAUCAUCGUUCGUUUCCGGUCUCACGCAGUCGCACUCUCAGCAGAUGUUGAGAAAAUGUAUCGCCAAAUUCUCCACGAUUCUCGCGACACUGAUUACCUGCGCAUUCGGUAUAGAAGAAACACCGCAGAGCCGAUUCAGACGUUCCAACUACAAACAGUAACAUAUGGCACGUCUUGCGCACCCUUCCUAGCAACAAGAACGCUAAAGCAGAUCGCUCUCGAUCACAAGAUGCAAUACCCCCGAGCAGUGGAUCCUGUAUUGCACGAUUUUUAUGUGGAUGACCUGCUAACGGGAACAGACGAGUUGGCAGACGCAAUUGAAAUGCAAAGGCAGAUUACCGAGAUGCUCAAGCAGGCUGGAUUCGUGUUGAAGAAGUGGGUAUCGAACGUACCCGAAGCACUAAUCGGCAUUCCUUCAGAAGACCUUGCCAUCCUUCCUACUCAUGAAUGGCAAGAUCCCCAAUUUGUAUCGACGCUUGGUCUGGUUUGGGAGCCAGCAGUUGAUAUGCUGCGAUAUCGGAUCGAUCUACCAACUGCUGCGACGAUGUUGACAAAGAGGCUAGCUUUGUCCUACAUCGCCAAAAUCUUUGACCCGCUGGGCUUGCUUAGUCCAACCAUUAUCAUCGCUAAGCUCUUUAUGCAACAACUGUGGAAGUUGCAGGAAAACGGGAAGCCAUGGGAUUGGGAUCGUGAGCUACCAUCACAUCUCCAAAAGGAAUGGACGGCAUUUCAUUCCAAGCUGCAUUCACUUCGGGAAGUGCGCAUUCCGCGUUACACUUCAAUUCGGCAGGCAACAAACGUGCAGCUACACAUUUUCGCGGAUGCUUCUCAGGUGGCAUAUGGUGCUUGCUGUUACGUCAGGGCAGAAAACGAUUCGACAACAUCGGUGCAGCUGUUGGCAGCUAAGUCUAAAGUAGUAUCGUUGUCGAACACACACUCUAUAGCGAGACUCGAGCUCUGUGCAGCGCGGUUGGCAACGCAACUGUUCCGGAAGGUCAGUCAGUCCCUCAACGGUGAAUACGAUGCUUUCGCUUGGACUGAUUCCAUGACCGUGCUACAUUGGCUCAAUUCAGCACCACGGAGGUGGAAGCCUUUCGUUGCCAACAGGGUGGCACAAAUUCAAGGAGAAACUCGGAUCAAGUGCUGGAGGCAUGUUCCUGGUGUAGACAACCCAGCAGACGAUGCAUCGCGAGGUCUACUACCAGACAAAUUGCAAUCCUGUGAACGAUGGUGGCAUGGGCCACAUUGGUUGAGCAGCAAACAGGAAGAAUGGCCUAUAAGAGAACCUGCAAUUGAAGAAACCGCAUCAAUAGAAGAAGAACGUAUUACACAAUCACGAAUAGCUGCAAUGUCGAUGGAGGACGAUUUCAACAAUAAGCUAUUUGCACGGUUUUCAACCUACCUCAAACUUCGUCGAACCAUGGCGUAUUGUUUACGUUUUGUGCAAUGCAUGAAGACACCGAAACCCGCAAUUACGUCACCGACAGCCAAGGGUCAUGCUUCGAUUCAGGACAUGAUUACAUUGAUUGCACCUCCAUCUCGAGACGAACUCAUCCAAGCUGAGCUUCAGUUGUGUCGGUUAGCUCAGCAAGAUUCAUUUGCGGAUGACUUACCCGCGGUUAAAAACGGCAUGGAUCUACCACGCAAUUCAAAGCUGAAAUGGUUGUCUCCCUUUAUUGAUGAGGCGGGAAUCCUGCGUGUUGGUGGCCGGCUUCACAACGCACAAAUAGCAGAAUACACGAAGCAUCCUAUACUUCUUUCUGCAAAACACCCACUCGCUGCAUUGUUGGCAGUCGCGUAUCACCAGAAGUAUAUGCACACCGGUCCGGAACACUUGUUAUCCAUACUUCGUGAACGCUUCUGGAUAAUCGGUGGCCGUAAUUUGACGAAGUUGGUUUUCCAUCGGUGUCACAAGUGUUUCAAGGCCAAACCUACACUGGUACAACAAUCCGUUGCAGAUCUUCCGACAUCAAGGGUUACACCCACGAGACCGUUUGCUGUCAGUGGUGUGGACUAUUGCGGUCCGGUAUUGCUGAAGUCGCCUGUUCGCAAUAGAAGUCCCACCAAGGCAUACAUCGCCAUCUUCGUGUGCUUUGCAACACGAGCGGUCCACAUUGAGUUGGUGAAUGAUCUCACUACGGCGGCACUUUUGGCAGCACUAAGGCGCUUCGUGGCUCGCAGAGGCAAAAUCGCGGAACUGCAUUCGGAUAAUGCUACUACGUUUAAGGGGGCUGCACACGAACUUCAUCGCCUCUACGAGAUGUUUAAGUGCAGCAAUAGCGAACGCAUCAAAAUCUUCAACUGGUGUGCCAAUGAAGAAAUUCAGUGGAAGUUUAUUCCACCUCGAGCGCCACACUUCGGAGGACUGUGGGAAGCUGCUGUACGAUCCGCUAAACAGCACCUAAUUCGCACGAUAGGAAGUACGAGCCUCACUCAGGAGGGAAUGGUAACAUUGCUAGCGCAGGUCGAACAAUGCUUAAAUUCAAGACCCCUGAUUCCGCUUUCUAGUGAGCCAUCGGACACGCAACCGCUCACUCCGGGUCAUUUUUGGUAG